CGAGAUAUUAUUCUAAUUACAAUAAUCUGUUUUUUUUCGUGUCAAGAACGAUAUCAAAUGUAUGUUAUUUCUACUAGUUGUUAAUUCAUCUAGGGACUUGUAGUGAUAAGUUUUUCAGUUUCAUGUGCCACUUCGAAAGCACUUCUGUCGUAAGAACGAAUAUGUCUCAUGAAGGCGUAUAUUGACGUAAAAAGCAUCAACACAUUUCAGGUCGUAUUUAAUAGCUAAAGUAUACGUCGCGAAUUUAAUGAAAUACAUGAAAUGGUCUGGAAUCCUUACUAGUAAACAUUGGAAAGCAUCUUGGAUAUCAACAAUUUUACAGAAGUUUUAAAUAUAGCAAUUCGUUCUAUACUGUGCAUUUAAUAGCUAACAUUUUUUGAACUGAGCAAGUUCUGUGUUGCGGUGUGCAUUGGUCUGUUGAAGUAUGCCAUUAUUCGGAAAAAAAGAUUCGGGGAAGAAAGUUCGUAAGGAUAACAAGGAGUUUGAGAAACAACCUUGCAUCGAAGAUAAAUACGUCAUCAAGGAAUUACUUGGCACUGGAGCGUUCUCGGAAGUUCGUCUGUGCGAACACCGUGAAACGGGUCAUGAAUAUGCGGUUAAAAUAAUCGACAAGAAAGCUUUGAAAGGAAAAGAAGAUUCGUUGGAAAAUGAAAUACGUGUGCUCAAACGAUUUAGCGCGAGAAGAACCGAGGCGGAUCAGGAUAAAACAUGGUUUACGCAUCCAAAUAUAGUUCAACUGUUUGAAACAUAUGAAGAUAAAUCGAAGGUUUACUUGAUUAUGGAAUUGGUCACCGGUGGAGAGUUAUUUGAUCGUAUUGUGGAGAAAGGCUCUUAUACCGAGAAAGACGCGUCUUGUUUGAUUCGACAAGUUCUCGAAGCAGUCGAUUACAUGCACGAACAAGGUGUGGUACACAGAGAUUUGAAACCUGAAAAUCUUUUAUACUAUAGUCCGGCAGAGGAAAGUAAAAUAAUGAUAAGUGAUUUCGGCCUGUCAAAAAUGGAAGAUUCAGGAUUUAUGGCUACAGCCUGUGGGACGCCAGGAUAUGUGGCACCUGAGGUAUUAGCUCAGAAACCUUAUGGGAAAGCAGUUGAUGUUUGGAGCAUAGGCGUUAUAUCUUAUAUUUUGUUAUGCGGAUAUCCUCCUUUUUAUGACGAAAAUGAUGCCAAUCUUUUUGCACAAAUUUUGAAAGGUGAAUUUGAGUUCGAUGCUCCUUACUGGGAUGAGAUAAGUGAAUCAGCAAAGGAUUUUAUCAAGAAUCUCAUGUGCGUGAAUGUGGAGAAAAGAUUCACAUGUAAACAAGCUCUGGCACAUCCUUGGAUUUCUGGCAAUGCAGCAAGCAGUAAGAAUAUUCAUGGAACUGUAUCGGAGCAGCUUAAAAAGAAUUUCGCCAAGUCGCGUUGGAAGCAAGCAUAUCACGCAGCUACAGUUAUACGUCAAAUGCAACGAAUGGCUUUGAGUAGUAGUGGAGGAGCAUAUGGACGUAGUUCGUCCCAACUGAAUAACCCAGCAGUCGAUAUUAUGGUUGAACAAGAUGCAGCUUCAGGAAGCAAGUAACUCUUUGGAACCAGUGUUUGGGAAUUGCACAAGAGCGUGUAACUUCAUAGUUAUAUUAUGACGUAAAGGUGUUCAAAUACAACUUUUGGUUACUGAGACAACUGCAGAUGAAAUCGAGGAUAAUGCCCGUUUCCCAUGUAUAUAAGUUAGUAUUUUAUCAUAGCUUGUAUAAAAACUAAAAAAAAGCACUGUGUAACAAAAAUUCAUGCUUUUAUGAGUUACAUUCAUGCCAUGGAUGUAUAAUUGAUGUUUGUCCAUUUAUCUUUAUAUGGUAGCUAGUUCUUGUAGAAAAAUGGGUUACGUAUGUGAUAUUGUUCAUUUAUUGCAUUGUUACUUGCUAUAGGUACUAUCGAAUAUGCUAUGAAAAUGAAUAGCAAGAGUUCUCAGUUUUAACGAAUAGCAUUAAAAUUGUUAAUGAGAGAAAAAUCAAAUUGGGAAAAAAAUUCGAGUAUUAAAAAAAUAUAUAUAUUCAGGAAAAAUAAAGUGUUAUAUGUAUUCGAUGUAAA